AUGGCCUCUGAGGAACAAGACCCAUUUGUACAAGAGAGAUUGGAGUCCUUGCACAACGUUGAUACCGAGUUGGUAUCGAUUCUGAACCAUGCUUCUCUAGCACUUAGCAGCCUGACAAGCAUGAAGAGGAAUGCGUCUGAUAAGGAAGAACUGGAAAAGAUCAAGCAAGAGUUUGCACGGGAGAUUGAUGGCUUUUACAAGAACCUGGAACAGUCAACCAUUGGAUUGAAGAAGGAAAUCAAGAUAUUAGACGAGAGAAUCGGAAAGACCGAUGCUAAUGGCAUAACAAUGUCACCAAUUACAAUCAGCAAGAAGGCUACAUGGGCAGGGUCGGAAAAGCUCAAAUCAGAGCUGGAUCAUAUAGAUUCGCUGUUAGACUAA